CGAAGUGAUGAAGUAGAAGUAGACCCGUCGCUGAGCUAUCUCCAGGCCUGGAAAGAUCGUUGUUUAAAGGAGAGAGAAGGGAAGACGGAGUACAUGUGCAAGUACGAGUUGCGCCGACAUCGACAACUAAAGCAGCAAGUAGAAGAUGGAGAUGCUUUAAGUUCGACCAAAAAGAACAAGCAGCGAGCUAUUCUUGGUGUAGGAGGAGCUUCAUCAAGUGCAAUGAUGAAAAAAAGCUCAAGUUCUACAUCGUCCAAUGGCGUGACUAGCAAAACUGCUGGAGGUAACAAGGUGAGUGCAGGAGCUUCGGCGCAGCUCCUGAAGGGCAAAGCAAGAGGUACUGCGCCAGCUGGUAAGAAAAGCGG